CCCUUCAUGAUUGUGUGGGGGUAUAUAUGCAAGAAAAACGUGGAAAAAUCCCAUCGGCGCUAUUUUCCCAGCUCGUUUCAGCUCCCGUCACCGCUUCCUUCAUCGCCGCCGCGCUCCAUCCGCUCAAGAAUCAAGUUCUUCGCUGAACGGCCGGUGACCAGACCCAACUCUGAUAACAGGAUGGGCCCGAGGCGGAAAGCAAAAACAUGUGGGAGUGCUUAUGCGGAUCCAAGAAACUUAAGCAAGAGUUCGCUACAUGGAGUAAUCUUUGGCUGCAAUAACAACACUAUGCAAGAGUGUCUUUCAAAACAAUUAUUUGGUUUGCCAUCCUCACACUUCCUCUAUGUGAAGAAUAUUGAGCCUGGCCUUCCUCUAUUCCUAUUCAAUUACGUUGACAAACAGAUGCAUGGAAUUUAUGAGGCUGCAAGCCGUGGCGAGAUGAAUAUUGACCCCUGUGCAUGGACUAAUAACGACAAAGAGAAAACGGGCUUUCCUGCACAGGUGUGUAUCCGUCUCCAAAAGCAAUGUGAACCAAUUACAGAGAAUCAGUUUAAGAAAGUCAUCGGCAACAAUUAUUAUAAUCGUAAGAAAUUUUGGUUUGAGUUGGACAAAGCUCAGACAGAAGGUUUAAUUUCGUUAUUCUUAGGCUCAGAUGACAUGAGCCCAACUCCUGGCUUCGGCGAUGUAAAGUCUUUUAAAACAUCAACACCUAUCAAAUGCAAUUUACCAGCCAAAUUUGGUAGUGCAUCCUUUGAGGCUGCUGAAACAGGGAGAACGAAUGAGCCUCCACAAUUUGCUGGUGAGAGAUUGGAAUAUGGAAAUAUGAGAUGGCAAAUGAUAGGAAAACAGCCUGCUGAUCCCAAUUUUUCCUCUGCUUUUCCAAACUCUGGCAUCGAUUAUCAUAUUCCGAACAUGCCUGGAGAUAUCAAUGAAGGAAGCAUGUAUCCUGAGGAGACUUGUGUUUCAGUUGAGAAGACGAUUGAAAUAACAACAGACCUAUGUAAUGACAAUGCUGAGUUGGUAUGUAUUGUCAAAGAACUGAAAGAAAGGGCUGUGACAUUAGAGAAGAGGCAGAUGGAAUCAGAACAAGAAGUACAACGACUGCAAAAUGUUGUUAGGUGCUCGGGGGUAGAAAUUCAACAAUUGAAGUCUUGUGUGAAGGAGCUUGAAUCCAAAAUUAUGCGAUCUAUGGAAUCACAAAAUGCUAUUUAUCUGUUAGGAGGCUUCAAUGGUGAAUCGUGGUUAUCAACAUUAGAUUCCUUUUCACCAUCAAUGGACGUUCUAAUGCCUCUCAAGCCAAUGGAUUCAGCACGUGCUUAUGCCUCAGCUGCUGUAUUAAACGGCAACUUUUACGUGUUUGGUGGUGGAGACGGGACUACAUGGUUUAAUACAGUUGAGUGUUACAGCCAAAGGAAUAACAACUGGACUUCAUGCUCACCCCUGAAUCGUUCGAAAGGAAGUCUUGCUGGAGCUACUUUAAAUGGAAAAAUAUUUGCUUUGGGUGGAGGAAAUGGAGCCGACAGUUUCUCCGAUGUUGAGAUCUUUGAUCCAGCUCUUGAGAAAUGGAUCUACAAUCAGCCAAUGCUUCAAAAGCGUUUUGCUCUUGCUGCCGGAGAGCUUUGUGGUGUGCUCUACGCUACUGGUGGAUUUGAUGGGCAAGAUUAUUUACAAUUAGAGCUUGAAAGAAGAAAGAGAAGAAAAUGACAACCAUCACAUGCAAGAUAUCUGCGACAUGCUAUUAGGAGUACCUCUUGUUUUCUCUCACUUGUACUUCAUCCAGAGGAAGAAUUCUUUUUCACUGACUCUAUCGGAGAGAGAUAAGAUGUCAGUAGGUUGUUGUUGCUUAAAGCAUCAUCCUUCCGUAUCCUGUUACAUGGUCAUGUUGAACUCAAGAAUUAACCAUAGCAUUUUGGGGCAGGAAUUGUGAAAACUAUGUAGUUAUGUGUACUUUAAGCAAGAGCAGAAUGAGUAGCCUCUUGAAUCUGUGGGAGCCACCUCGAGAAACCCAUGGGGUUACAUAUAGAAUCAUAUCAUCUGGUGAAGUGAUAAUAUGGUGAGAACUUUAUAACCUACACGAAGGAGGUUAUAACUCUUAAAUUAAGUUCCUCUAACCAUUAUAUCAAAACUCUGGUCUAUAUCAUCUGGUGAAGUGAUAAAAUGGUGAGAACUUUAUAGCCUAAAGGAAGGAGUUUCUAACACUUAAAUUAAGUCCAUUUAACCAUUAGAUCAAAACUCUGAAAUUAUGGUGAGAGCUGAGGUUUAUAUUUUUAUAUUUUAAUGUGCCCCGUAGGUUGAUGGCCCAUUUUAUGGGCCGAAAACCUAGAUACACACAGCGGUGUUAAUUUUUAGAAAAUCCGAUUUAAAUUCGUGUCCGGUGGGAUUUGAACUUGGGUUUCUCUGAUACCAUUUUAAAUUAAGUCCCUCUAACCAUUAUACCAAGGCUUCAAAGUUAUGAUGAGAAUUGAGGUUUAUACAUUUAUAUUCUAACGAUACAACGCAGGUGAAUGGUCUCACAUGAGAGAGGGAUCUCUAGUAUACAAUAUUUUAUUUAACUCGCAAAUUAAUCAUGGCUAGCAUUUUUUUAGAGGAUCUAUUUUAAGUGUGCUCGGAUUGGAGCAAUCUUGUGACAUGAGACGUUC